UUCAGCAUGGCUGUAUUCGCGGAUUUAGACCUGCGAGCGGGUUCCGACCUGAAGGCGCUUCGCGUGUUGGUAGAGAACGCCGCUCACCUUGGCUAUUCAGUUGUUGCCAUCAAUCAUGUUGUUGAAUUUAAGGAAAAGAAACAGGAAAUUGAAAAACCAGUAGCUAUUUCUGAACUCUUUACAACUUUGCCAGUUGUACAGGGAAAAUCAAGACCGAUCAAAGUUUUAACUAGACUGACGAUUAUCGUUUCGGAUCCAUCUCACUGCAAUGUUUUGAGAGCAACGUCUUCAAGGGUCCGGCUGUAUGAUAUCAUUGCAGUUUUUCCGAAGACAGAAAAACUUUUUCAUGUUGCUUGUACACAUUUAGAUGUGGAUUUAGUCUGCAUAACUGUAACAGAGAAACUACCAUUUUACUUCAAAAGACCCCCUAUUAAUGUGGCAAUCGACCGAGGCGUGGGCUUUGAACUCAUCUACAGCCCUGCUAUCAAAGAUUGCACAAUGAGAAGGUACACAAUUUCCAAUGCCCUCAAUUUGAUGCAGGUCUGCAAAGGAAAGAAUGUGAUUCUAUCUAGUGCUGCAGAGAGGCCUUUAGAAAUAAGAGGCCCAUACGAUGUGGCAAACUUAGGACUGCUGUUUGGGCUGUCUGAAAGUGACGCCAAGGCCGCCGUGUCCACCAACUGCCGAGCAGUGCUUCUACAUGGAGAAACUAGAAAAACUGCUUUUGGAAUUAUUUCCACAGUGAAGAAACCUCGGCCAUCAGAAGCAGAUGAUGAUUCUCUUCCAGCUUGCAAGAAAGCCAAGUGUGAGGGCUGAAAAGAAUCCCCAGUGUCUGUCAAUACUCCCUUCUUCCUUUUGAUAGUCCGUCAGCCACAAUAGAAAUCAAACCUUUAUGAUGUACUGUUUUCAUUCGGAGCUAGAAAUCAGUAGUCUAUAAAAACAAUUUUAUAUUCAAGCCGUUAAAGUAACAAAACCUAGUGAAGCAGUAAAAAAGAAGACAGCCCACUUAAUGAAUUUAGAUAUACUUUAAGAGAAAAUCAGAGAUGAGUUUAUUUUUUGUGUUAAGUGAUAAAAUAACAGGUAUAAUUGAAUAAGAUGUUUCCAUAUUUCAGGAGACUCUUUAAAAAUGUUUCUUCUUCAUUUAAAAAUACAUGCUUUUCGG